UUUCGCUUUUUCGCUCUCCUUUUGUUGUCUUCUGCACAGAACGCGGCGCUAGCAUCCUGUCGAGCGCGCGAGAACAUGCGCGGGGUCACUCUUCCUCCUUUGACUCACUCCACACAGGAAAAUAGACGUUAAAAAUACUACACAAGUUUGAUGGGAAGUGCCGUACGACCCAGAGUUCUUUUCGUCCCGUGGAAACGAUGAAACUGUCGUUUUUCCGCGUUUGUUCACGACACUCGCAGCAUACCCCUCUCACGGAGGCUGGACGACACCCUUGAAGGUGACUCAACUUUUACGAAGUGUCUAAAAUGCCCUGCUUCUUUGUCGUUUCACGCGCAAUUGAGUCGAGCCCAACUGCGAGUGCUUUCUCUCUGAAGGAUCUGCCGCUAAGAACAGAGACUGCAAUUGUCGCCGACUUUCCUUUGCUCUUUGUCCAGCGGCUCUGUGCGAACACAGUGAAAGUCUCGCAUCAUGGUCUGAAACUCGACUGAAGACCGUUUCUCGUGAAAACCUUUCAUCAUGUGGCUUCUGUGUGCACCACUAGAACUCGUUCCUCCUCUUCCUCGAGCUCACGUUCCUUGUGAAAGGCCGAGAGAUCUCCGCGUUUACGCCGUCUGCGUCGCUUUGUAUCGUUCGUGUCUCGCCCUCGAAACUCGCACCGCCGCCUUUCGCCUUUGAAGAGACAUGGACGGAAGACAGCGUUUCCCCCGUCUUUGCAUGUCCUAUUCAGGAGAGACCUCUGCUUUCUGUUUGUUUCCUGCCACACACUCCCCCAUCCUGUGCUGGCCUUAGGCAGAUCUGGGUCCCCAGGCGAUUUCGCCGUUCAACUGACUGCUCGUUUCGAUUAGGGUGUCCGUAUUUCCUCAGCAGAACUGCUCUUUUGUUUCUUCCUCUGGUUGGGCAAGGUCCACCGGCCUAGAGCGAGACCCUCUUUGUCUCUUUUUUGCGGUGUCUUCUUUCGGCUUUCCCCAGCUAUCCUUCUCUGCUUCGGAUGCUCUUUGCCUUCUCAACCGCGCGGGGCCUCGACCUCCUCCUUUUUUUCCUCGCAUCUCUGUCUCGUCUUCUGUGCCUCCACCUGCUCCUCCUCCUCCAUCUGCCCUUGUUCUCCUCUUCGCUCUCAUUCAUUUCGGCGUCUCUCUCUCCGCGAUGGAUCGAGCGAGGACCGCACAGCGGGGCGCGACCGGCUCUGCACACCCGCAGAAAGCCGUUGCCUCUCGAAAAUACCACUUCGCGAAAAAGGCAGUGCCGACAGCCAAGGGCGCAACCGAGCGAGAAAACGCCGCACCCGCCGCCUCCUACACUCCUCCAGCAGCGCAGACUCACAUUCCCUUCAACCCUCUCAUUGGCGGCGGAGAAGCUGAACACAACUUUGUAAUUUUCCAGAGACUCCAAUUGGACUCCUCCGAGGACCGCGAGAGAACUCUGACGCGACGCGACUCGCGGGCCGCUCUCGCCACCCAGGAACUGGUCCAACGAAUCAGCCUGAGGAAGGAAAUCGAUCUCUCGUAUUUGCCAGAGGGACAUGUACGAAGAGACGAGGAGACCGAGAAGCCUUUUGCGUGGUUCUUCGGAGGUCGGGGAAGAUUGGUGAGGCAACGCGAGCGCGAGCCAUUUCCGGAUGAGCACAAUGCAACACUUGGCAGACUCAAAGCCCAACUGGAGUACAUCCGCAGGUGGGGAGUUGCUCUACACGAAAACGACUUUGUGCCGGCGGCGAGGGGGCAGCCUGCGCUGUGUCCGAAGCGGCCGGCAGGUCCAGUGCCGCCUGUCUGCUACUCGGAUGUCCCUCGGUCGUCGCCGCUCGCGGGGACGCAUGCAGGGGACUGCGACAACUUUGCAGAGCUCGCCGGUCUGACCCCGCGGGAGGCACGGAAGCGCGAGAACGCGCGUCGGCGACUUCGGGAAGCUGGCGAAGACCACUGGUCGGCGGCGCAGGGAGCGUGGAGCUGCCCAGCAGGCGCUGCGUCGCGCCCAGAGUCUGCGUCUGCGGGACCGCGGCGCCUGAGGAGACCUCUGUUCGUCGAUCCUGCGACCCAGCCAGGAUUCACACUGUAUCGCCCGGAGGCGCUCGACGUCGACGAGGCGCUGCGCGAGGCCGAGGAGGCAGGGAGAAAGAAAGUCGGAGGCGACUCGUUCGAACUCGACCUGACCGAAGAAGAACAAAGGGAACUGAACGAGAUGCUGGCGGAACACGAGGGAUUCGCUACAGACGUUUGUCACGUCGACGUCAAGGCAAUGGCACAGUUCUUCGACAUGCAGAGGAUUCCGCCUUCUCAGCGAGUGAAAAUGCUCGAAUUGGACUUGCGUUCGUUCUUGGUGACGAUGAAGAAGCUCCAGUCAGCGAAGACAAUUGCGGAGGAGCAGCUGCAGAAAGUCCGCAAAGAAAAGGAAGCGAUGGCGAAGGACAUCGCAGCCAGAGAGGAGCGCUUGAAACAGACAGAAGCCGCUGUCAGGUUGGCCCUGAAAGAUCAUCUGCGCAUUCAGCGCACUCUGCAAGCGACGGUGAAGGCCGGGAGCGAAAUAAUCGAGAAGGAACAGAACAAAGUGGCAACCAUCAAAAGAUCGGAAACGCGGCUGCAGGUCCAGAUGGAAGAAGCUUCUCUAGUCAACGAGAACCAGGCAGAGGAAAUCGAGGCGCUCAAAGCGGAGCUAGCGGAGAUGAAACAGCGGUACGAUGAGUACGAGAACAAGAUGUUCAUUGACAACAAGGCGUACCACGAAGAACAAAUCAAGUUGGAGAAGUUUUACUACCGCUGUUUGAGUCUGGGAGAAGAUCGUCUGCGCCUGCUCGAAGCCCUUCGAAGGGAAAAAGCAAACUUGGAUGUGCGCUCUGCUGAGCUGGUCCUCUACAAGCAACAGCUCGAAGAUGUGACUGAGGAUCGACAGCAAAUCAAAGCCAUGGCUGGGAAAACGCAGCAGAAGAUGAUGCAAGACCGGAAUGCUCUGCUGAAGAAGUGGAAGCAGGAGACGACGCAGAAGAACUCGAUAAUCGCGGCGAAGACCAGGGAGUUGGAAGAGAUGAAGGAGCAGAAGGCGGAGGAAGCGAAACAGGCCGCGAGGUACCGAGCCGUCUCCACGCUGCGUCUGCACGAGAUGAAGAAAAUGAGGAACAUCAUCGACUUGCAACAAACGCACAUCAAGAAGCAAUCUUCGAACUACGAGGACUUCCUGAAGAGCAUCCUCGCCUUCCAGGGCAAGCUCACCGUUCUCAGCAAGCUGGCGAAAAACAUUCGAACUUUCUACGAGGAGCACGGCGACGAAUUCCGAGGGCGGGCCGAGCCGGGCAGCGACCGACAGAGCAACGGCGGCAGAAGGAGCUCGACCUCCUCGCGUGCAGAAGAAAAAGCGAUGGAACUCAGCAGACGACGAAGCUUGCCGCAGUCGACUCACGAGGCCGUUAAGUCCCAGUUUCAAUCCGCCGCCAAGGGUGGAGACACGAUCGCUGUCGACCAAGCAGUGCGCGCCGCUCGAACGAUGGGUCUCGCCCCCAGUUUGGCGGAUAUCGAGAGUCUGCGAAGCAAAGCCGCGAAUGCGCGGGUUGACUCAGCCGCCUUUUCAGCUUUCUGUGAGUCGGCAUUCCAUGCAGACGAAGCGUCCAAGUUAGCGUCGUUUUUCAGGACCUGGGAUCCGAAGGAAAAAGGAACGCUUCAGAGAGAAGUCGUCAAAAAUCUCCUGCAGACGUUCGGCGAACCUCUCACAGCUGAAGAAGCUGAAUUCGCGAUUCAUGUCCUGGCGGAAGACGCGGAAACCAUCAACUACCGAGACUUUUGUGAAAAGCUCGUCGCCCUCGUCCCACAGAAGUGAGGCUCUGACUCUUCCCAGUGCCGGGGAACAGGAAUCUGAGCGCCACAUGACUUCUCUCUUGCGCAAGUUUCUCCCUGUGGUUUCGCUCGUGGUUCGUUUUCAAAAUUUCCCGUUCCCAGGACCUCCGUCCUUUCGCCUCGUCCGUGUUCUCCUUUCUCCGGGGCUCGUAGUUGAUUUCCCUUUCAAGCCAAGCUCCGGCGCGACACGACUUUUAUUUACACUUGGUGUAAACGACGCACAUCUGCCAGGGGGUUUUCGAGGGAAGCGGACACGCUGUUGCGUAGACUCCGGGGCCGUUUUCGCCGUCGGAUUAACUCUAGUUCUUUUAGUGUGUAAAUGUGAGACGGAUGCUAGAAGUGCAAGAGAGGAAGGGACAGCUUCUCUGCCCUCUGGCACGCGACAGAAGGGAGGAAAACCCAAUCAGGAGUUGCGCGCCGUGUUUUUUCCGGCUUUCAACACAGGUGCCCUUUCCCCUAGUGCGCCACAUUUUUUCCGUCUUGCGAUACGGGGAAGAAGGCGACGGGAUGUCGCGUUGCCGAAGGAGAAAGAGUUUCUCGAUUUGCUCGGAAAGGGCAUAACUAAGGGAGAAGAAAGUGGGGAGACUUCGGAGAUGAGAUGUCGUGAUCGGCCCCGAGCCUCGCUUACGGGUUACGCGUGUAGCAUCACUUGAACUGAG